AUGGGGGCUUGCUCAGCAAAAUAAUCAGAUAAAGAAUUACAAAAGGCUUUAUAUCUCCAAAGGUUAAAAGAAUUCAAAGCUAAAUUUAAAUAAAGCACUGCUGAGAUUAUACCCUUUAGUUUAGCUUUGGAAGAUUAAUAAGAUGAUGAUCAAAUUAAACUUAAGUAUAUUAUAUCAGAAAAUCCAAUUGUUAAAAGAAGAAGUAAACAACUUAAUGAAAAUGGUAUUCUUUCACUUAAGACUAAGGAUAAUUAAAAUUGA